AUUCAUCUUCUGGUCUUUCCCCAAUUACAACUCUCAUCCUUUUAACUACUCCGAGACAUCAGAACCUGCAAAAUAUCUGCAACCUGACUCUUCGGACCAGGAUCGGGGCCGUGUCUUAUCUGCUUCAUAUAUAAGCCUCCAGAGACUAUCACAGCCAAAACCACCAAGGUUCUCAUCAAGCAUCAGGCAAAGAAUCAGGGCCUCGCAGGGAGCGAAUCCCCAGGUGUCUCUAUACAUUCUCAUCAAGGAGCAGUUUAGAGAGCGGCGAUAGUCUCGAUAUCCAAUUUGCGCUUCAAGAGAUCGAGUCUUCCUACAAGACAAAACCAGUUCCUAUUCAGCAGUCCUCAUACAAACAUGGGUUCAUUCGUGCCGGACCUACCCAAGCUCCACAUGGAGACGCCCUGCAUCCAGUCCCAGGAGCUAUCCCGGGCAGCGGGCUGCAACAUAUACCUGAAGCUUGAAAACCUGCAGCCAUCAGGGUCGUUCAAAUCCCGCGGGAUCGGGACCAUGAUGUCGCGCGCCCUGCUGACGUCGAGCUCAGGGCGCGCGCACUUCCACUGCAGCAGCGGCGGCAACGCAGGGCUGGCCUGUGCCGAAGCGGCGCGGACUCUGCGGCAGCCCUGCGACGUGUUCCUCUCCGCGCCCACGCCCGACAUAGUCAUGGAGAAACUCGCCGCCCUCGGCGCGACGCCGCAUCGCGCAACAAGCGGCGCCUGGCCCGAGGCCGACGCGCUAUGUCGGGCCGCGGUCGAGAGCAAUCCGGACGGCGUCUACGUCCCGCCCUUCGACCAUCCGUCGGUCUGGGACGGAAACUCGACAAUAGUCGAUGAACUGGCGUCUCUCGAGGCGAAGGGGUUCUUCAGCGGAAACGGGGACGGGAACGGCGUGGUCAAUGCCAUCGUGUGCAGUGUCGGGGGCGGUGGUUUACUAAACGGUGUGAUGGAGGGGAUAGAGAGAAACUAUGGCUCUCCUCGACCCGCCGUCCUCGCGAUAGAGACGUCAGGCGCAGACUCUCUAGCAGCCAGCAUCCGCGCAGAACAACACGUAUCGUUACCAGGUAUAACAAGUGUAGCGACAACGCUAGGCGCUCCGCGCGUCUCAGCGCAAACAUACCAGUGGGCGCAGAGAUGCAACGCAUCGACCUUCACCCUCCUCUCCCCACAGUCUUCGUCUCCCCUUACAAAGCCGUCACCCACGAAGCGGAGCCCAGAGCAUUCCCAAACACGUCUCACGAGCGCCGUCGUCUCCGACGCAGCCGCCGUAUCAGCCUGCGCGAGAUUCCUCGACGACGCGCGCUUCCUAGUCGAAGUGGCCUGCGGCGCAACGCUCUCAGCCGCGUACAACAGUCAAGCUCUGCUGCGCGUCGCGCUGGCGCCCGACGCAGACGACGCGAGCUGGGCGCGGACGAACGUCGUGCUAGUCGUGUGCGGCGGCGCGAGCAUCUCCUUCGACAUGUUGGCAAAGUACCGCGAGAAAUUCGGGGUGUGAGUAUACCUAUAUACCACUCACUCACUCACCCACUCCGUCAAGCAAGAAACCAUCCAUACAGGCGUCAAGCCAAAGCAAUACCGAAAAACCAAGACCACGACGACAAAGUGAAGUAGUCAUCACUCGAACCCCAACCAAAUAUCGAUAAAGUCAAACAAAAGACGAGGAAAAGCGAGGAGGAUACGAGGAUGGGAUGAACGGGCGAGGGAUUUGAUGACCCAAUGGACAAAACGGUGUCGCUAGACUCAUAUACCGCCCAAGCGAGGAGAAGGCGAGGAAAGUGCGAGUAGGGAAUUCCAGAAGAAACAGUUGCGUAACUCUUCUCCCUGGGAUAUAUCCCACGAAAAGCCCACAAUUACAUCUCUACAUUUCAUCACGACAGACAGACAGACAACGGAUGUUAACGAAACAU